AUGUCCGCGCAGAAGCCGACGCACGAGUCCGUGUACGCGCACCUGCCGUACGUCGCGGCGCUCACGACGUAUCUAGGGUACGCCGUGCUCAUCGUCUUCGGGCACGUGCGCGACUUUGCCGGCAAGCUCUUCUGCAUCGGCACGCUAGCGCACCGCAUCCUCGGCCAGCGCGACGGCCGCGCGCCCCUGCUCUCGGACUUUGAGGACUUCUACACCCGCCGCCUGUACCUGCGCAUCCAGGACUGCUGGGGCCGCCCCAUCCGCGGCACCGCCGGCGCCUGGAUUAACGUCCUCGAGCGCGUCCAGGAGCGCGCGUGGAGCCCCGUGCCGGAGCGCAGCGUCCGCCCGUAUCGCACGCUCGCUCGCGUCGCCCAGAGGAGCAAGGCCGGCAGGGAGGGCCCCACAGACCCUACCGGCAAUGUUACCCGCUGUUUGAACUUGGGGAGCUAUAACUAUUUGGGCUACGCGGAGGUUCCCGGGGGGGUCCAUCAGUCGGUCCGUGAUGUGCUCCGCGGCGCUGGCGUCGCUGCGUGCGACGUCGCCGUGUCCACGGGCAGGUCCCAGGUCGUGCGGGAGCUCGAGGCUACCGUGGCCGAGUUUUUGGGCAAGGAGGCCGCCUUUGUUGUCGGCAUGGGCUUUGCGACCAACAGUCAGAUCAUCCCCGCCAUCGUCGGGAAAGGCGAUCUGAUAUUGUCCGACGCGCUCAAUCAUGCUAGCAUCGUCGUCGGCGCGAGGUCAUCGGGCGCCAAGAUCAGGACCUUUGAGCACAACUCCGCCAAGAGCCUGGAUGAGAUGAUCCGCGACGCCGUGGCCACGGGGCAGCCGGUGACCUGCAAACCGUGGAACAGGAUCCUUGUCGUCAUCGAGGGUAUGUAUUCAAUGGAGGGGGAGGCGUGCAAGCUACGGGAGAUCGUCGCUGUCAAGAAGAAGUAUGGCGCGUAUUUGUAUUUAGACGAGGCCCAUUCCAUCGGCGCGCUCGGCCCCACCGGCCGGGGCGUCGCCGAGCAUCACGGCAUCAACCCGAGCGACAUCGACAUCAUGAUGGGCACAUUUACAAAGUCAUUCGGUGCAGUCGGUGGGUACAUCGCGACCAGUGCGGCGCUCGUGGAGAGGAUCCGCGCGUUGUCGGCCGCGUCGCUGUACGCGUCGGCCAUGGCCCCGCCAUGCGCACAACACAUCCUAUGGGCGUUCAAUCAGAUGGCGGGUAAGGACGGGACAGGAAUUGGCGCAGGUAAGAUCCGUGCGCUACGGGUGAAUGCCAUUUAUUUCCGCGAGCAGUUAAGGAAGAUGGGUGUGCAGACGCUCGGCGACUGGGACUCGCCCGUGAUCCCGAUCAUGCUGUACAACCCUGCCAAAAUCGCGGCUUUUUCGAGAGAGUGCUACAAGAGGGGGCUCGCCGUCGUUGUGGUCGGGUUCCCUGCCACACCGUUGCUGCUGUCUAGGGCGCGCAUCUGCUUGAGCGCAGCGCACACGAGGGAGGACCUCGACUGGGCGCUGGGCGUCAUUGACCAAGUUGCGGAGAUCAUUCAGAUCAAGUAUGACCGGUCGCUUCUGCACCGCGUUCUACCCAAGGCUGUGUCACGGCUGCUGGUGCGUGGCGGUGACGACGUCUAA